AUGUCUAUCGUAGCUGACCAAGUACGGCGCGUCGAUAGCCAACUCGACCGCGUUCAAUUGGUCCCUCCAUCGACACAAGAUGGUGAAUUCUCAGCAGACAACCACAUUAUCCCUUCGUCAGCCAGACUUGUAGAGCUGCAGGCUAUAGUCAAGUCUCUCUCUAGCACCUCUUCUUCGAGCCCACUUCUCUCUUCAUGGCGGAUAUCAUCUCUUCUACAACAAGCCGGACUUUCAGACUUCACGAUCGAUCAAGAUGACGACGAUGAAGACACUAUCAGCACGUACGAGACACAACUGGAAUGGUUGUUGGUCAGCAAGGCUACUGUUCAAACCUACGGGCUGUUGUUGAAUAUACUUUUAGAGCAGACCAUACCUUUAAACGAUGACAUAUGGUACUGGGACGAGAUUCUUGGCUCAUAUUCUUACUCGAGUUUGUACACUAUCCAGACUUCUCCUCUUCGAUUUUUAGCAUGGUCCAAGGAUAUAUAUCGGGAGACUAAGCACAAGGCGUCCCGAAUUAGACGGAAUCCAGAGAAUAGUAUUUCAGCGAGCGGGCUCGGGACGACUCUGGCACACCAAUGGAAGCAGUUCUAUGGCCUCGUUCGAGAGAGCGUGAGGGAAAGAUCUGUUGGCAAUAUACAGCGGAGAGUUCUGUCUCCAAUUGCAGUAUGCCGCACUGAAGCCAGACAUAAGCAGUCACGACUAAAGAGGCUACGAGAAAUGGGGGCCAGUGGACUGGGAGUUCUCAUGGACGAGGGAUUGAAUUUUGGCAUCAGUGAUGAGAGCAGCGAGAUCACGAAGACUGACUAUAACGACAGCCAAGAGUGGAAGAUGGUUGUGGAACGCAGCGUCGCCCUGAUGGACAAUGUUCUCCGAAACGUUACCGCACUGGAGAAUGGUGUGGCCGAUUUCGAGGAUAUGGUAUUCAGCAGCGUUGAGGAAGAUCCAGAGCUAUCAUCGCUUCGCGCUGAAGAUUCCGAAGCUGUGAGACUCAGGAAAGUGUCCCAGCGUCUUCAGCACAUUCUGAAAACGCAUGUGCGUGAUUACUCCUCUAAAUCAAAGCAACUUGCUUCGAAAUAUGGACGGCCUUCUAGACUUAUUCGGUACUGGAUCCCUGCCGUUAUCUUCAUUCUUUCUUCGUCAACCAUACUCCGUAUUCUCGUGAACAGGAAGGCAGAGAUAGUCACAUGGAUCCAAGAUUUCGGGACCACCGUACGUGAUUUCUGGUCGAACUGGAUUAUGGAGCCAACAAAGAAAGUGAUUGGUACCAUACGCCACGAUAAGGAUAGUGCAAUUGCUAUCAUGAGCAAGGAGAGUUUGAAGGGUGACAGGGACAGUCUGGAGCGUAUGGUUGUUGACUUUGCCGUGGACAACCCAAACUCAGCAACCAAUGGCAACGCGCCUCUUAGUGAAGCUCAAAUCGCUGAGAUUCGUUUGAAAGUGAAAGAAGGUGACCUGACGCCAGUGCUUAGAGCCUACGAGAAGGAUCUGAGGCAGCCAUUCGUUGGAACUCUUCGUGGUGAUCUCAUACGAGCUCUUCUUAUUCAGGUGCAAAAGACAAAGGUCGACGUCGAAGUGGCAUUAAGUGGAAUUGACUCCCUAUUAAAGAGCCAGGAGUUGGUAUUUGGGUUUAUCGGCCUCACUCCAGGUGUUCUAGUAUGCUUUGCGGCAUUCAGAUAUUUGGGAGGUGUGUUUGGAAGCAGAAGAGGUCUAAGACGAGGACGUAAGGCAGGCCAGACAGUCCGAGUUCUUCGAAACAUAGAUAGGAUCUUGACAAUAGCCACGCCGACGCAGGAAAACAUCCUGUCAUAUAAAGAUCAUGGCCUGCUAUUAUGCGAAGUCCACAUCUUACGCCAAGGGUCCAGCAAAUUGUUCCCUGGGGAUAUUGAACGGGAAUUUCUCGAGGAUGUCAACGAUCUCUGUAACAUCAACAGUGGCAUACAGCAGCAGCUCAAGACGCUCGACCGGAUUAGAUGGGGUUAUGCUAAGUGGCUGAAGUAG